AUGUAAUUCACAUAUUAAUUGGGAUUAAGUGCAGGUUUAUUUUACCUUUCAUAGAUUUUGGUUACUCAUUCUAAAGAGUGUAAUCGACUUAAUUGUUUUUGUACAUAAAACUUUUAAUUUACUCAAGAAUAAACAUGGAAAUCACCAGAUUAAGUUCUAAAAUAAAAUCUAAAUUAAGUCCUUAGUGAAAUUUUAAGAUUGUACAAUUUUUCUUAUCUUAAAAAUUCUUAAGAAUAUGUAAAGACAUUCUUAUAUCUAAGUUAUUAUUAUUGAGUAGAAUUGAAACUCAAUAUCGAAAUGACAAAUUGUUUGAAACCCUUUUGAGAAGCCAAAAGCUAAGUUCAACCAAAUUUUAUGGCUAUACUGUGUUUCCAUAUUAAUUUAGAAUUCAAGGUCAUAGAUAAAUAUUUUAUGAAAAAUUAUUAGAGAAAAUUGCAGGAGUAAGAAUAAAUAGUUAGAUUUAUUUUAAUUAUUGUAAUUUGGUAGAUCAAUUAGGAUAAUAAAUUAUUAAAUUACUAAAUUAAAGGUAAUAAAUUUUGAUAUUUUUGACAUUAUAAUAUCAGAAUCCACUUUAUUAUUUAUAUCAUAAUAAGAUGUAUUCUUAUAUUAAAUUGGUCAUGAAAUGUGAAAAAUUAUUAAAUGAUAUUUUGAGAUUGAAUCCAAAUUCAAUAGUAACUAAGAAUUUAGCAUAUGCAGUAUAUUCAUUAGUAACAUUUCAAUAAGAAAAAUUGAAGUAGAUAUCUUCUUUAUUAGUUUUAUAAAAUUUUAAGAUUGAUCAUUUAUGGAAUACAUUAAAUAAUAUGUAAUGUUGUUAUGUUUAAUGUAAAUAUGAUAAUGGUUUAAUAAUGUUAAAUCAUUCAAUUCUAUUUCCAAAAUUGAUGGAAGGUAUUAAUUUUAAUUGAAUUUAAGAAAAUGAAAUAUAAUCUGAAUUAGUGGGUCAUUAUAUUGAUAGGAUAUUACCAAGUCCAGUUAAAGAAGUUCAUUAAUAAUUUUUGAAAAGAUUGAUAGAAGAAGGGAAACCAAGAUUGUUAAAUAAUGGAAUUCAAUAAUUUUAUAUAACUACAAAUAAAGGGUUUAUGAAAGAAAUAGAUAGUCUUGUUAGAUUAGGUUAAAGUAUGGAAUAUUUAACAUUUAUGACAAUUAUGGGUUAUAAAUAGGAAGAUAAUUGUGGAAAAAUCUUAUUAAGUUCAAAGGGCAAUGUAUAUUCAUAUUCAGAAUAGGCAAUAAAUUUACUACAAUUAAAUAGAAUUUUAAAAUUGGAUCAUAAAAUAAAUUUAAAUUUUAAGAUUUGUAUACCUAUUUCUUAAAAUAUUAAUGAAUUAUGUAAUGGAUUUAUAUUAAUACCUAAGGUAAAUUUAAUGUAAUCAGAUUAAGCAUUUAAAAAAAUACAAUAAAAUAAUAUCAAUUAAGUUUCAUUUUAUAAAUAUUUUCUUAAACAUCCUAAAUAAUGUAGUGUAUUUAUAUCAAUUUAUAAAUUUUGUAAUUCAUCCUAUGAUGAUAAUAAAUUAUAAUAUGAAACACUCUAUAUUUUUCAAUCUAAUGAAAUAAAAGAGCUUGAAAUUAAAAUGAUGGCUCUAGAAUUAAUGUUUAAAUAAGUAAUGAUUGUUAAUAAUAUAUAAUCUGAAACUUAUAUUACUAGUUAUACAUCAUUUAAAUCAGUAAUACCUGAAACAUAUCAAAUUACUAAUAGUGGUAAAAGUCCUUCUUAUGAAGAUGAAAUGGAUGAUAAACAUUUUGCUAUUAGUAAUGAAAGUAUACAUAUUUAAUAAGAUCCACUUAGUAUAUCUCUUCAUUAAUUUUUUAAAUAAGAAUAAAUUGAUUAAAAAAUACUUCUUAAUUAAAAUAAUCAUUCAUCUAUUAUAGCUAAUUCUUUUUAAACAUAAGAUUUAUUAAUAUCACCACUUAGAAUUAAUGAUGAAUUUAGCAAUCGAGAUAGUAGAAGAGAACAUCAAUAAUUGAUAUAAAACAAUUUAAAUAAUGUUGAUAUACAAACAAAUUAAUAUUUAAUUAUAAAAGAAGAUGAUGAUAUAGAAUCACCUAUAGAAUUGAAAGUAGAAAUGGAAAUGUAAGUUUCAAUUAAAGAUAUAACUGAUCAAUAAAUGAAAGAAUAAAUAGAAUGGAUUAAAUCAUAAGUUAGAGUCAAUAAAUUUUAAUAUCACAAUAAAUAAUAACAUUUUGUACCAACUGCUUUAAAAAAGAGAUCUAAUCAUAAAUUAACACUUGAAUAAUAACCAUCUACUUCUGUAAAAAGUACAGAAUCUUAAAAAGGUCUUGUAAAUCACAUAAUUAAUGGGAUGAUUCAAUCUAAUCCACAUUAAUUUUAUAGUAUUUUAGUUGUUGCAUUAAUAUAUGCAUUAAUAUUAAUCAUUAUAGUUAUAUUAAGUAUUAUUGCAAUUAAUGAUGAAAUACUUCAUAUAUUUUUAGAUUCAGCAGGUGGUUAAUUUUCUAUAACCCUUUUAUAGAAUAUUAAUUUAAUGGAAAUAUCUAUUCAUUUAUUAGCAAAUGAUUAAAAAUUUCUUGCUCCUCAUUUUUUUAUUACUAAUUCUACUGAUGAUUAUAUUACUUAAAUAAGAAAUUAUAAUGAUAGAGAAUUUAUUAAUCCAGAAAUCUUAUUAAAUUUAGAAGGAUCAUCAAUAUGUAUUUUACAUACAUAUUCUAAUAAUGGUAAUUAAAUGAAAUCUUGUUUUGAUACAAGAGAUUUCUUAGUAGAUUAAUUACCAUUAUUAUUUCAUAGAAUAACAGAAGUUGUAGAAUAUUAAUCAUCUAAAUUUAAUCUAUCUAAUAUGGAAGAAAGUUAUUUCUCUUUAAAUUAUCCCAUUUAUUUUGAUUUAGCAACUAAUUUAAUUAAUUAAACUAAUGUUGAGAUGAGUAAAACUAAAAAUAAUUCUUUAAAUAUAGCAUCUAUAUAUGUUAUUUCAGGAUUGACUUCUUGUAUUGGAGUUGCUUUCUUUAUUUUUAUUGCAGAAAUACAAAUAGCUAAAUGGAGAGUAUCUAUUGUUAGAACUUAUUUUUUAUUUCAAAAUUUGAAUCAAUCUUUAAUUGAUUAAGAUAAUGAGACUUAAAGAUUAUUAGAAAUUGAUGAAUUAUCACAUAUGAAAUAUACUCUAUUGAAAUUAGAUAAAAAUGCAUAAUAAUCUCUUAAAUAAGAAUAAAGAAAUAUUGAUCAUAGAUUAAAGAAAUAAUUUUGGAUUAAAUAAUUUGUUUUGAUAUUCCUUUUAGGUGCAUUAGAACUAAUUUAUUUCAUUCCUUAUUAUGAAUUAUUUCAAAGUUAAGUACAAUAAGUUAUUGAUUUUCAUAAUGACAUCUAUUACUUAGGACUUGCUCAACUUGCUUUUAGUAAUCGUUUAGUUCAUUUUAUAUAAUAAUAUGCAAAUCCAUUUUAUUAAGUAGAUGAGAAUAAAUUCUAAUUAUACGAUGAACUAUAUUCUUAUUAUGAAGAUAUAUAUCUAUUCUAAUUACCUUAUGAUGAUGAACAUGAUACUUAUUCUCUUACUUAUAUAGUUAAUAAUGAUAUUUGUCAAUUGAGUCCAAUAGUUUCAAUGAUUAAGUUAGGUUAUACAUGUCCAUAUAUAUUACAACAAGGUUAUUCGAAAUAUUUGAUUAAUUCUAAAAAUACUUUAAGGAUUAUGAAAUCUGAUUAUGAUAUAACAUUUGGAUUUUAAUAAAUUCUUUAGGAUCAAGACUUUAUUGAUAUUAUCAUUGGUUAUGGUUUUGUAUUUCCUUAGUUUAAUUUGAAUAGAGAUAAUCUUUUUAUAAAUUAGAAUGUUUAUAAUGAGAAUUCUAAAUUUUAGGCUAUUUUAAUGGCCAUUUUAAUUCUUAUAGCUUUAUUAAUGGUAUUUUUAAUGAUUAUUUAUUUGAUUUCUAAAGAAUUUCUAGCAAUUAUUUUUGCAGUUAAACAUUCCUUAUUAAUAUUCUCAAAAGAAUAAAUAGCAAGAAAUAAACAUUUAAUUUAGGUAUUAAGUAAAGAAGUAACACUUGAUUGA